AUGAAGCUGAGUGCUCUAAAAUUAUUAUUUCGUGAGAUUGCUCUUUUGAAUGCAGAAGCAGCUGUUCCAUCAGGCUUCCGUGCUCAUGCUACUACAGCACUAUUAAGAAAAGGCCUUUCAUUUGUGAAUUGGUCUGUGCUUGAGCAUAGUGACCAUCAUGUCGUGAUGCACUAUGUCUCUCCCCAUUUGGCAGACGGGUUUCCUGGAGAAUUGUCGGUUAGCCUAGAAUAUCGUCUUCUCAGGCCUGUCUUCUCUGGAGUCAGUACACCUGAAGGAGUCUCUGAGGCGGAGAAGGAGAAGAAGACUGUCGUUGACGGACUAGAGCUGCAGCUGCGAUACACGGCAAGCCUUUCCGGGCCCGCAGACUCAUGGUGCCCGGUUAAUUUGACCAAUCAUUCUUAUUGGAACCUAUGCGGGCAUUUGGCCGGUAAACGUAGCCUCGCCAGUCAUAGGCUCUGUCUACGAGCAAAUUCCUUCCUCGAAUCCGACCCCAUCACCAUCCUGCCGACAGGCAGAGUGGCCUCGGUGGUCGAAGAACUAGGCGUGGAUGCGAAUGGAAAAGGCCUGAUGGACUUUCGGUUCCCGAAUGGACGCCGUCUGGAGGCUGGUUUGGACAGCAUAGGAUUCUGCCAGCACACUGGUUAUGAUCAUUUCUUCCUGUUCAAUCAGUAA